AUGCCCAUGUUGGAGGCCAACUUUGAAAAGAAGGAAUCAAGAAUUGAACGUCUUCCAACCGACUUUAUGCUAAUUCGAGAUGCCAAAGAAAAAGAAAAGGAAUUAGAGUCAACUGUUGUCAUGGGAAAUAUUGUUGAAAUUGACUCUAGUUCGGGGGAAAAUGAGAAUACUGAUAUAGAGUCUGGAAAGCUAGAGGUAAACCCCAGAAAAGAAUAUGCUGAAACUGAUAGAAAAGCCAUUGAAAAGGGGUUCAAGGCAAAGAAGAUUUUAAUGUGUGGUAUUGGACCAGAUGAAUACAAUCGUGUUUCAUCUUGUGAAACUGCCAAGGAAAUAUGGGAAGCCCUCUUGACGACCCACGAAGGAAUCUCUCAAGUCAAGCAGUCCAAAAUAGGCAUGCUCACCACUGAGUAUGAAUUGUUUAGAAUGAAGGAUGAUGAGUCAAUUCAGGAUAUGCACACUCGUUUCACCUCCAUUAUCAAUGAGUUUUAUUCUCUUAGUGAGAUUAUUCCAAUCAACAAGCGAGUUCAAAAAACACUUGGUGUUUUACCAGGGUCUUGGAAGAGUAAAGUUAAUGUUAUAACUGAAGCCAAAGACCUAGAGAAAAUGACUAUUGAUGAUUUGAUUGGAAAUCUCAAAACAUAUGAGGUGAAGAAAGAGAAGGAGCUUGAAAGACGAAAGCCAAGGAAGGAGAAGAACUUAGUUCUUGAAGCAGCUAAAAGAAGCUCCAGCAAGAAUUUCAAACAGAAUGACUUAUGUCACAAAUGUGGGAAGCCUGGACACUACAUUAAGGAAUGUCCUUUUCACAAGCAAGAUCACUACAAGAAUACUGAUAAGGGAGUGAAGAGGAACCAGCUCUCUGAUAAGAAGUUCAACAGAAGAGAUGUGGCUGAUAACUUGGUAAAGCAUGCUCUAGAUGCUUGGGGAGACUCCUCUAGUGAGUCUGAAGAUGAAGAAACAUGGGACACCUCCAUGAUGGCUGUUGAAGAUAAACCUACGAAGUAUGAGUCCAUUUUUGCACUCAUGGCCAAGUCGGAAGAUGAAGAUGACAAUGAGAAUCAAGAGGUAAAUUUCUUUGACGUUCAGAAAAAUCUGAAAAAUUAUUCUCAAAAGAAAUUUAUAUCUCUUACAAAUGUGCUGAUUGAUACCUAUCAUAGCCUUAUUAAUGAGAAAAAUGUUUUAAAUGAAGAGAUUGAAGGGUUAGAACAAGUAAGGGAUGAUAUGAUAGUUAAUAUUGUUGAUUUGAAGGAACAAAUUGAAGAGUUAACUAGGGAUAAUGCUCUGUUGAUUAGUCACAUAAACAAAUGGGUGAACACCCCCUCUAAAGGAAAACAAGUGGGUAGUGAGACUCAUUUUGAGCUUGAAAGUGAACUAAAAAAGGCUAAAAUUAAUCUCUCCGCUGAGCUAGAGAAAAAUAAGCAACUUCAAGAGGAUUUAAGACGUGUGAAAACUGAGCUUGAUAAGUCUCUUCAUUGGACCUGUUCCUCUGAUAGGGUUGUUGUUAUGUGCAAGGGUAAUGAUAGUAGACGGGGCAUUGGUUACAAAAAGUCCAAGAUCCCAUUCAAUCCUCAUAGCAAGUAUGUUUCUGUGAUUGAUAAUUGGAUUUGCACCCACUGUGGCAACACUGGUCAUUACAAAGACUCUUGCAAAGCAAGAUUUCAGUCUGUGCACAGAAACAGAGCUUAUGUUGAAAAGAAAACCCAAGAAUGCGGGACCUGGUCCCCGAAAGAUGAAAUCUUUGAUACAGUGAAAGGGAGCAGUCAAAAAUGGUUUGUGGAUAGUGGCUGCUCAAAGCACAUGACUGGAAGGAUGGAAAAUUUUCUCUCACUCAAGGCCUUGAAAGGGUUUAAGUUACAGUCUGUUAAAUGUGUCCCAGAUCUGCGACAAAGGGAGCAGAGUGGAGUUCUUGUCUCAUGUGUGCACUAUCACCUAUCUCAAGACUGGAGAAGUGGUACUAACUGCAAAAGAUACAAGAACAUCUAUGCAACAGAUUUUGGCUCAUCUGAUGAUGGUGACUUGACUUGUCUCAAUGCUGUGGAUAAUAAUGCUGAGUUGUGGCACAGGAGACUGGGACAUGCAAGCUUCACUCUGCUGAACAAACUGUGGCAAAGGACCUGGUCUGUGGGUUACCAAAUGUUAAGUUCAAAGAUCACAAGAGGUGGCAAGAAGUACAUCCUUGUGAUUGUUGAUAACUUUUCAAGAUUCACUUGGACUCUAUUUCUAACAACCAAGGAUGAAACAUUCCCUGUGUUUGUAGCCUUUGUGAAACAGAUUCAAGAUGAAUGCAACUUCACUACUCUUAGAACACCUCAGCAAAAUGGUGUUGUGGAAAGAAAAAACAGGACACUUGAAGACAUGGCUAGAACAAUGCUGAUUGCAAGUAAUGUGGCCAAAAGCUUCUGGGAAGAGGCUAUUAACAUUGCUUGUCACUUGAUCAACAGGUGUACGAUCAGAUCCUUACUUGAGAAGACACCCUAUGCGCUGCUGAAUGAAAAGAAACCCAAACUAACUUACCUUAAGGCUUUUGGAUGCAAAUGCUUUAUUCUCAACAAUGGUAAGGAGGCCUUAGGAAAGUUUGAUGCUAAAAAUGAGUUGGGAAGAAAAGGUACACAAAGUGGUGAAGCAGACGAUGGAGACCUCUCAAUUCCAAAUGAGCUCCUGGAAAUCAUAAAUGGUAAAGCUGAGAUGGUGAAUCAAGUUGAGGCAAGCAAUGAAGAAGAUGCCGUAGAAUAUCCAGAUGAUGACAAGGUACCUGGUCCCUCCAUCACUCCAUUUGAAGCUGAAGAUAGAGUAGUUGAUGCUGUGACAGGCACUCCUGAUGCUGAUCAAAGAAGUGGAGAUCAUGGAUCUGUCGAUGAGAAUGAUGGAUCAAACGUGGAGGCACAUGGUCCCUCAAGCACUGAAGUUCAAGUAUCCAACCAGAAGCACAAAAAAUCUCACCCUCUUGAAAAUGUAAUCACUCUCUUAGACUCCGACAUCCAAACCAUGUCUAAGGUAAGAAACAUGUUUGCCUACUCUAUGUUCAUUUCUCAAAUUGAGCCCAAGAAUAUCAAGGAGGCAUUGAAAAAUUCUAACUGGAUUAGUGCUAUGCAAAAAGAGUUUCAUCAAUUUGAAAGAAACAAGAUGUGCCACCUGCUCCCUAGACCAGCAGACAGAACAGUGAUUGGGACUAGGUGGGUGUUUCGCAACAAGCUUGAUGAGUUUGGUCUACAAGAAACAAGGCAAGGCUGGUUACUUUAA